GAACCCCAGAUCACUACAAGCUCGUCUCGGUCUUUAAAUCGGACGAGAGGAGAGACUUUGAGCCGUCAUUCAGGAAAAAAGUCCGGCACUGGAGCAGAAUUCGCUGCGGUUCACGAUGGGGCUCCCAGCGGCGCUGCCCCGUUUGACACUCGCCCUAGUCCUGGUGGUCCUAUGCCUGAGCACCGGCGUUUUGCCAAGGCCCGUAGCCAACACUUUCCCGGCAGCGAAGCGUUCGAAAGGCGAGCGACAAGAGGUCGAAUCGAACUCGAACUUCGUAAAACGAAUUCUUCAUGAGGAGAACAAUCACGAUAAGAAGAGGGUCACUCAGCAGGAGAGGAAGGAGGCCCUGCUUGAGAAAAAGGCUACCAACGAAGUAGAGAGAGAAGAAAAGGAGAUUGACAAGCCAGCGGAACGGUGGACGCACUGGGGUGGGGGAGGUGGAGGGGGAGGAGGAGGUGGUGGGGGAGGUGGUGGGGGAGGUGGAGGAGGAGGUGGUGGGGGAGGUAGUUAA